AUGAUUCAUAACGCUAUCCUGCAAACCUUUCCAUGUGGAGCUACCAGACAUAUUAUCGGAAAAUCGGCACCUGUUUCGCUUUCCGCUCUGCCAUCGCUUGGAAGGAUUAUUGCCUCUUCACUGCGGCAACAGGCCCACGCCAUGGCUAUAUCGAAAGACGCAACCGGUCUUGCGCAAGGGCUGACUUCCGUCUUAUCUCACAGGCGUUGGUAUGCCGCGUACAGUGCCGCUGCCCUCGUCUUGAUCCAGGUCGGAAUAGGUAUCGUUCUAAAAGCCGCGCAAACAGACAAUCAUUAUGCGUUUUCACCGUCGUCAUCCGUCACCAUCUCCGAAUUCUUGAAGAUGCUUUUGGCGAUUGGCUUCUUUUAUCGCGAGUGGGCGGCAAGGGUUGCAGAAAACGCAGGGCGAGCCUACCUGCCGGUUUCCGCAUCUGACGACUCUGUUCCACUGACAUAUGAGAUGGAAAGGCCACUCGAGGAAAGUGACAAGCAACGCGAAAUGGGGGAUGAGGCUCUGCAGAAAACCGGGCUCUGGGUAGAGCGUUCUUUCUUCACAGCCAUGAGGAAGGAAGUCUCUACUGAUAUAGCGUUCGGGCUGGGCCUCUUGUCGCUUUUCUACGUACUUAUUAACAACUUGGUUUUCGUCAGUUACCAAGUUGCCGACCCGGCUACCAUUUCAUUAACCAAGAGCGGUGUAACGUGCGUCACGGCUUUAGUCCUAAUGUUCACCCUCAACACAAAAAUCACUGGCAUUCAGUGGCUUGCUAUCGUCCUGCAAGUUUGCGGCUUACUCGUUACACAAUAUGAUCCGAAGGCCGGCGGUGUUUACUCGGUCGGAGUAUACCUCCUCUUGGUUUUUCAAGUGUUUCUGAGUGCAGUAUCUGGUGUUUUCAAUCAAGGCCUCCUGCAAGCGAGCAGCGCCAGCUUGCAUGCAAGCAAUAUCAUCCUGUACGGCUCUGGUGCAUGGAGUAACUUGCUGUGCCACGUGCUCAUGAGAACUACCAAGUCCAAUGAACCGGGGUUUUUUGAGGGGUAUGGCAGCCUGCAUGCCAUCUUGAUUAUCAUAAAUAACGUGUUGAUUGGCCUCGCUAUAAAUGCAGUAUAUAAAUUCGUGUUUGGUGCUUCGUGGUUAUACGCGAUGAAUCCAACACCAAAGCCUAACAAGAGCGGCUCGCAUGCAAGCAACUCCCAGCACCGCCCUUGGACCUCGCUGCCAAACCUGCGGAAAUUUUAUCUAGUCCUGUAUGGGAUAGCUCAACUCAUCACUUUGGCGUUGAUAGCUGCCAUGUCCAUAUCCGGUUUCUCGGCUUCUAAUAUUGUUAGCCAGAAAAACGGUACAUCAUCCGUCACCUCACCAUUCGAAAAGGCACUCGGGUUCGUUCGCUGGAACGGAGAGCAUCCGGAACGCAUCCCGCACGUUAUGAAAUACCGGCCUUUCUUCCACACUAUGCACAUCUCCAUGCCGGACGAGACGGCUCCAGGGCAGGGAUUAAAUCAGACAAGCCUAACGGAAGACGCGGCUAAGAUAACCUUUACCAUUUACCGCCAAGUGGCGUUGACAAUGCAAGUUAUUUUAGAUACUCGGCCUGACAUCACCGGUCUUUUCUACUUUCAUUUCGAUUCUUGGAUCGAUCCCCUUGCGUGGAGUGAUAUAAACUUGGAAAAUUUUUACUUUCCCUUUUUAACCGACAAGACUAAAGGUCCAUUUACAAUAUGCAUGAAUGACACCGCCAAGCAGGACUGGUGGGGGUGGGAGAAAGAUGUUCACAAAAAGGCAAUGGAAGCAGCCUCGGCAGCCAAGUCAAGCGCCGUAACCCAAAACUACACAAUAAAUGAUCAUGAGUGGUGCUUAGGAUGGAGUGAUAUAUAUUACAUACCGAGGCGGUUUUUUGGAGAUUUCAUUCGCCUCUCUGAGGUCUUCGCUAAUCCCCAGUUCGAUGUUUUCCACGAGGUGGCAAUACCGACUAUCGUCCACAUCAUCGAUAAUAGCCGUCGCGAAAGCCCUCACAUACCAGUCGUUAAUCACAUUAGCGAUUGUUGGGGUGACUGCUGCAGUUCAAACCCUUCUGUGGACGAUGUACUUAGAUAUCCUUGUGGGCAUCGUCUGGACUAUCUCAAUAAGCCGGUAACGGAGGCUUUCUUUGCAAAGCUAGCUAGUGAAGCAUCCUUAUUAAAAAAACACGAAUAG